UAAAACAGUGAUUUAAAUGCAGUUCUAGAGAGAAAAAUAUUGAUUUUUACUACUUAAUGUUCAAAUGAAAUAAAAUAAAAUCAGCAAAACAAAUAGUGACAAUGAAGGAAAGCAUCUAAGUUGAGUGCACAUGCUGUUAUGAAUGCAUAUGCUGGAAAAGGCAGUGUAAUAUUGAUUUUGAUUCGAACGCUUUGGCGUUUCACCAGGAAAAAUAUUAAUGACAAUGGCUACAGUGAACAGUGAUCAAAAUUUAAACAGCGAUUCGGAAGUGAACAUACGCAAAGGUAUCGAUGUAAUUCAAAGCAUGAUAGAUAUUUCUGCCGAUCGUUUGGAAGGCUUAAGAACUCAAUGUGCAACCAGCGCUGAACUCACACAACAAGAAAUACGAACUCUAGAAACGAAGCUGAUAAAAAUGUUUUCGGAGCUAAUCUUAAGAAAGGCAAAAAUCUCGGAACGUUCUCUGAUCCGCGGUCUACCGGCCAAUGGCAAUGAACUCAGGCAGUGGCUUCGCGUAGUUGGUUUAAGUUCGGCGUCGUUGAAUGCUGUGAUACAGAAAGUUAAUUCUCUAGAACGUCUACUGGACAAAAACGAAAAAGAGCUACGUGAAAUAUUACUGAACAACAUAAAUGCACGUGAUGAGGAACUGCGUCGCCUAGUCCACGCAAUGAGUAAUCUUAGACGUUGUCGAGAUCAGCUGCAAUCCGGUGAACUUAAGGAACCAUUGGAUUUGUUCUGGGACUCAUGGGAUCAUCAUUCAACACAAUACCGCUCUUCUCCAAGAAUAAGUCGUUCUUUACCACGGGUUACCACAAAAUCCUCUCAAAUAGAUCACCGCUUUAAUGGUGUUGUACACAGUCCAGUUGAAAUAAACGCACCAGCAAUGGCAUCGCCAGAUAUUAUAUCAGGGAGGCUACUUCAUCCAAACCAAACCAUGUCUCCGGAAGAAGGAUCUGUAUCUACACUUACUCCAUCACCAUCGCCACCAACAUCUCCAUCAAAUUCAGCUCUAUCGAGGCAAACUAGAAAAGGUUUUCCUACUACGCCCCCACCUAAAAAGAAGCAUCAGACUUACAUACGACACACUACAAUGAAUCAACAACCACCAACGCAACAUAAUCAAGUGUCACAAAACAACAAUCUUAUUAACCCUAUCAGCACCACAAUAAAUACCAAUAGCGAACAAAUCACAUCACUUACAAAAUCCAAAUCGCAUGAAUCCCAAUUCUUUGCGAGCCAACCUAUACAAAUGAUAGAGUCUGUCAAUCAGCAAAAUGUGGUAAAUUCUAACAAUUUAACUUCGUGCGUACAACCCCAUUCAACCGGCAAUGGAAGUAUCCCAUCUGGUGGUCGUACGCGUCUCCACACUGAACCUACUCCUGAUCUGCAGCAUGUCCAUGAAUCUACGGAUAACAUUAUAUCCUCUUUCCAUAACGUAUCUAUACCACCAAAAUCACCGUGCACGCCAAUCAUAACACGUGUUAUGGGGCACAUGAUACAACAUCGCUUUUCUAAAAAAUUCAAAGUUACAAAAAGCACUUGUGACUUAUGCAAUAAGCAGAUGUUUUUCGGAUUCAAAUGUACGGAAUGUAAAUAUCGCUGCCAUAAGGAUUGUAAAUCAAAUGUACCUCCUUCUUGUGGAUUACCUCAAGAAUUUGUAGACGAGUUCAAGAAAAGUCUGCAGUCAGAUACGCUAAUGCCGAAUGUUUCACCUAAUCUAGGUCGAGUUAUGUAUGCCAGAGAUCGAAACCGCGUUCAAUUGCAUGGAAUACAUGGACCGGACAGUAGUGGUUCAAGCUGUAACAGUUCAUCUCCAUCAAGUCCGGCUCUUCUGUCGUUGCCACCUCAAACGCCGGCUGCUUCUAAACAUUCGCAAUUCAACUUUCCGGAAGUAUCUAGUGGUAGUUUAUUCAACAAUGUUCCAGAUCCAGAUGAAAUUACCUUAGAAACACAUCCGAUUAAUAAUAACAAUAAUAAAACACUAGGCUUUGAAGGCUUCAACCAAUCAAACAAAAUUCCUAAGCUACACCUUUCGAAGUUGCCAGAAUCGCAUGAAAGCAACGAAAGUGAUAAAACUGGCUCUACAAGUACAGCAAGUACUGAUUCUUCUUCAGAGCGUACACCGGUCCGGCUGGACUCAACCGAAGAAAGAGAAAAUGACAACUGGCCCCGUCAGAAUAGUCUGUCUCUUAAAGAAUGGGAUAUUCCCUACGAUGAUCUCAAACUGUUAGAUAAAAUUGGCAACGGUCGUUUUGGUACGGUGCAUCGUGCUCUAUGGCACGGUGAUGUAGCAGUAAAAUUAUUGAAAGAAGAUUAUGUUGCUGAUGAAACAACUCUUGAGGCAUUCAAACUUGAGGUAGCAACGUUUAAAAAGACUCGUCACGAAAAUGUUGUCCUAUUUAUGGGAGCAUGUAUGAAGCCACCGAGGUUGGCUAUCGUUACAUCCUUAUGUAAAGGUAACACUCUCUUCACACACAUUCAUAUACGUAAGGAUAAAUUUAAUUUAAAUCGUACUACUAUUGUUGCCCAACAAAUAUCACAAGGAAUGGGCUAUUUGCAUGCAAGGGGCAUAGUUCACAAAGAUUUAAAAACUAAAAAUAUCUUCUUAGAAAAUGGGAAAGUGAUAAUUACCGAUUUUGGUCUCUUUAGUGCCACUAAAUUAUCGUAUUGUGAGUUAGGUCUAGGAAUACCAAGCGGUUGGUUGUGUUAUCUAGCCCCAGAAUUAAUGCGCAAACUUACCUCAUAUCGUCCAGUAGAUGAAGAUUUGCCUUUUUCUAAGUCGUCCGACAUCUUUGCUUUUGGAACUGUAUGGUAUGAACUGUUAUGUGGAGAGUUUCCUUUUAAAUCUCAGCCUUCGGAGGCUGUCAUCUGGCAAGUCGGGCGAGGUAUGAAGCAAACGCUAGCAAAUUUACAAGCCUCACGAGACGUCAAAGAUAUUUUGAUGUUUUGUUGGGCUUUUCAGGCUGAUGACAGACCAGAUUUCGCAAAAUUAUUAGCACUACUUGAACGACUGCCUAAGAAACGUCUAGCACGAUCACCCUCUCAUCCGGUACAGUUGUCGCGUUCCGCAGAAUCUGUUUUUUAAACUGUAUGUGAUUAAUCAUGUUAAAGUACUAUGUAAACAUUAAAGUAAAUUAAAAAUUUGAUCUAGCUGUUCAUGUAGUAGUCAUCAAUGAAACUAAAUUAUUUAAACGACCUGAAAUUGUAUUAUGUAAUAGGGAAAUAAAUAAAAUGUGGAAUAAAAAAAAACACCCUCAAACAUUUCGUAAUUUAAUGCAAAAGUUAAACAAAAAGUAAAGAGAAAGCGAUCAAGGAUAGGUUGGGAAGAGCUCUGUGAAAAAUAAGCUUUCCUUAAAAAAUGUAUGUACCGUAAACUAUUGCGGAUUAUGUAAAACUAAGAUGUUAUGGUUAAAUAAUGAAUAAAUUACGUAUAUUAUAUAAAUGGU